ACAAUUUAAUUUUUUUUAAUAAAAACCCAUGGGUAAACAAAAUGUCAGAGAUAAUUUAGAUUAGUACAAGAGCUUUGUUCUUGUGAGCCUGAGUAACAUUAGUGUUGCCAUUUUUACAGAAGGCGCUAAUAGACAGAUUCAUGUAAUGUAAUCCCUCAAACUACAAGCAGAACAAAUAUAGCACAGCACACAGAUGGUUGCAGAACAAGACAUCCGAUGCAAUCCGACAACACAGCACUUUUGGAAGGGGACUGGAUCUUGAACACCACUCAGCUUCCCAUCAUUCUGUUUAGGGAAAGCUUCAAGAGGGCCUUUCGUUGCGGCAUUCACAUCCCCUCUGCCCUGUCAAAUGUUGAACCUCUGUAAGGUCACUGACUCCUUAUUUAUUAGCAAUUCUAGGUCAGCCUGCAGCGAGAAUCUCCUCACUCAGGAAAAAAUUACAUUCUGUCUCAAUGUCUCGAGACAGCAGCCGUUCCCAAGCUCUCAGCAAAUCCAAACACAAAGGGUUCCUGUCUUUGAUGAUCCUUCCGAGGACCUGUAUAAGUAUUUUGAGCACUGCAGCGAUGCCAUAGAAGGCACAGUCCGGAGCGGCGGGAAGUGCUUAGUGUAUUGUAAAAAUGGACGCAGCAGAUCUGCUGCUAUCUGCACAGCUUACUUGAUGAGGCACCAACAUCUCAGCCUGAAGGAUGCCUUUGAGAUUGUAAAGACUGCCAGGCCAGUAGCAGAGCCCAACCCAGGAUUUUGGUCUCAGCUACAGAAAUAUGAAGAACAUUUACAAGCGCAGCACUGAGCCAAUCCUUCACAAAAAAGAACUUCACAAUAAGUAUGAUUUUUCUCCAGGUUAUCAUUUUGGGAAAGAGAUGUAUGUUCCUAAAUAGCUUGGAAAAACACUGACAACUAGAAGAAAGCCUUAUGGUGUGCUCAAAGAGAUGUUUUUGUAGGCUAUCCUGGCCACACUGAUUGUCUCAAACGUCAUGUUAGGAAAUAAAGUAGCCAUAAAGCUCCAAAGAAAAACAGA